UUUAUUAAUAAUUAAGUACAAAAUGUGUUACUAAAAGGCGCGUCAAGUUUUGUUCAAGGCAAAACAGGACUGCGGCUGUGUGUAUGCGUGCGGUAGAAAGGGCAGGUCGGAAAACAUAUGUAUGAAAACGCAAGGUAAGGAGAGAGGAGCCUCCCACGAAUUUGAGAUUUUUUUUCGGCGGAAGCCAGCUAGCUGCUGUUGACAAAUAAUUAAGAAAGGCCUGGACACAAUGUCACUGCCUGGCAAUGGCAUCUACGUGGUGCGCGGUGAAAUGGCCACCUUGAUGACGGCCAUGCGACGUGGAACGCGUUGGAAUGCCACAGCCUACGUGGACGAUGAGGACUCGUUGUUGAAGCUAUUUAUAGACCUCAAGCAGGACUUAAAUCGCACUGAAGAUCUGCGUCUGAUUGAACCUAAGGUGUUUCUAUCUCCAUUUCUGGAGGUGAUACGCACGGCGGAUACGACGGGACCCUUGACUAGUCUGGCUCUCGCCUCAGUCAAUAAAUUCUUGUCAUAUGGCCUAAUUGAUCCCACUUCGCCCAAUAUAGCAGAUAUUGUUGAACGCAUAGCGGAUGCCGUGACACAUGCUCGCUUUAUGGGCACAGAUCAAUCCUCGGACGGUGUUACUUUCUUGCGGGUCAUUGAAGUGCUGCACACUUUAAUCCGGAGUCCUGAGGGAGCUGCCGUCAGCAAUGAGUCGAUGUGCGAGGUCAUGCUAAGUUGCUUCAAGAUUUGCUUUGAGCCAAGACUCAGUGAGCUUCUGCGCUGAAGGACAUGGUGCUUUUGUUCUUCA